AACAUAAACAUAAACAUAAACAUAAACAUAAACAUAAACAUAAACAUAAACAUAAACAUAAACAUAAACAUAAACAUAAACAUAAACAUAAACAUGAACAUGAACAUGAACAUCCACAUCAACAUUAACGUGGAUUUACGCAUACUAAGCAGACCUUACCUGAGGUACCUAUAGGAAUCCGACCUGGCGGAUUCAGCCGUUGUCUAUUUCUCAAAAAUCACCCCCACUUCACUCCACUCCAUUCGGCUUAAGGUAAUCUUCGUGCAUGGACCGAGACAAAAAUAAAAUAAAUACAGCAGCCUUGCCUUGCCUGCUUGGCCUGCCAUUGCAACCGUACCUUACCGUCACUAUCUACAGAUAUCGCACGCAUUCAUACGUUUCGGGCUGGACCACACCGCACCACACCACCCCCAAUCGCAGUCAUGAAUGAAGCAGACGUUGCUAUGCAGAGAAAUGAACGGGAUGCGUCCCCCGAAAGGUUCAUCAACACCCCUCCAGGACGGCCAAGCCAUGAAAUCGAGCGAAUCCCCACUGCUUCUUCGAGCUCAACUUCGUCCUCUGAAGGCUCUGUUGUGAGGAGGGAGAGAUUGUUGAGUAGGGCGUCGACACAGCGCGAUUUAGAACGACAUCCUACAGUCCUCAGCCGAAUUCAGACUGCAAGGAGCCAGCACACAGGCACGAUCGGUCGCAGUCUGACAGGGAAGAGCAGGGAGAGCAAACGACCUCUUCCUGAAAUGGGCCUGGGCAAGCCAUACCCUCCCCUUCUACCGGCGCAGGAGGAAUAUGUCGUUGAGUUUGAUGGCCCGGACGAUCCUUUACACGCUCAGAACUGGCCCAUGCGAAAGAAAGUUGCCACAGCCGUCAUGUUGGGAUAUACGACAUUGGUGUCGGCAUUUACAUCGUCUAUUUUCUCCACGGCGACACGUACUGUCGCAGCACAAUACAAUGUUUCAACAGAGGUAGGAUUACUUGGACUUUCCUUGUAUGUUCUUGGAUUCGCCCUUGGGCCUGUUUUUUGGGCACCACUCUCUGAGCUGAGAGGCCGACGAUUACCUUUGGUUAUCUCCAUGUUUGGUUUUACGAUUUUUCAAAUAGCCGUUGCUGCCGGGAAGGACCUGCAAACUAUUCUGCUGUGCCGUUUUUGGGGAGGUAUCUUUGGGGCAUGCCCGCUAGCAGUCGUUGCAGCCGUGUUCUCUGAUAUGUUCGAUAACAGGACUCGUGGGUUGGCUAUCACUGUCUUCUCAAUGACUGUCUUCACUGGACCGCUACUCGCGCCUUUCAUAGGUGGAUUUAUUGUUGAAUCUCAUCUUGGGUGGAGAUGGACUGAAUGGCUUGUUGCAAUCAUGGGUGCUGUGGCAUUCCUCUUGGAUUUUUUCUUCUUGGAGGAAACUUAUCCUCCCGUCCUCCUGGUUAGCAAAGCCGCGGAGUUACGUCGCAGAACCAAGAACUGGGGCAUCCACGCCAAACAGGAGGAAAUCGAAAUCGAUUUCCGGGAGCUGAUCACGAAGAACUUUUCACGUCCCAUGCGACUACUCGUAACCGAGCCAAUCGUGCUCUUGCUGUCCAUCUACAUGGCUUUCAUCUAUGGCCUUCUCUACCUCUUCCUGACGGCAUACCCUAUCGUCUUUCAGCAGAUCCAUGGCAUGUCUGGAGGUAUCGGAGGGCUUCCUUACUUUGGCAUGAUCAUAGGACAGAUAAUUGGAGGGCUUUACGUAGCUCUCACCCAACCAAGCUAUAACAGAAAGCUCCUUGCUAACAACGGGAUCCCUGCUCCUGAAUGGCGCCUUCCCCCGGUUAUUCUUGGCGGACUCUCAUUCGCUGGAGGAUUGUUUUGGUUCGGCUGGAGUGGGUAUAAAGAGUCUAUUCACUGGAUCGUACCAACUCUUUCGGGACUUCUUACCGGAUUUGGUCUCUUGACCAUUUUUUUGCAGUCUCUCAACUACCUUGUGGACGCUUACCUGAUGUUUGCAGCCUCAGCUAUUGCCGCGAAUACAUUCCUCAGAUCACUGGCAGGCGCUGGAUUCCCUCUCUUUUCUCAGUACAUGUUUGCAGCUCUCAAAGUCAAUUGGACAGGGACGCUCCUUGGCUGCGUUGCACUCAUUUUGGUCCCCAUCCCCGUCAUCUUCUACAAGUACGGCGCGAAGAUCAGAAGCAAGAGUGCUUUUGCACCCACCAAACCAAUGGAACCAGUAAGCGAGGAGGACGGUGCCUCAGCUGUGACUGAGAAGGUUGAAUCACGAGCAAGUGCGGACAAGAAUGUUUAAAAGACCAAUAACGUUGUGUUAUGAAUAUCCACACAUUCAUUAAUGAUGUUGACAGCUGUGCUUCUCGUCUGGCACCCGGGACUUUAAUAUAUAAAUUCUGUUUUGGGCCUGUGGAUAUGGGGCGGCUUUGCGUGCUUGGAAUGCCUUUGAUACCAGUGGCUAUUGUCUUGAAUGCAAGGCGUUGGUUAGGAUUGCUAUUAUUGAUAGGUAGUAAUGGAAAUGUUUGAAUAUGUUCUUCUUGUGUCAAGUCUGCGUAGGAGGCAGCCAGCACUUGUCACGCCAGAUGCUAUCCCGCGGCAAGACUUGGGGGUUGAGAUAGCUGACCCUUCUUCUCUCAGAGCACUCUUUGUCUGAUGAUCAGUGGCCAAGUAUGGAAUUGGUAGCCCCGUUUACAUAAAUAAGGCUACGGAGCUUCUCUUCAGCAAUCUUCUCUGAGUUGCUUGUCGCUUCAUUCGCUUAAUUAAACCAGAUUUGAUUACAUUUGAGAGCCGAAAAAGGACAAUGCAAUGAACUACCGGUAUACCCUACAGAGUCGUUCUCAUUUUGCCGCAAUGACAAGCCGAGAACAAGACUUCGGUGGGAGGGUGCCGGAAAGGUACUGGUGGUACAAGCGAGAUAUUUAUGCUUAGUAUAAUGAGAUCAUGACAUUUAGC